AUGCCCAACUUCGCCGGCACCUGGAAGAUGCGGAGCAGCGAGAACUUCGACGAGCUCCUCAAGGCUCUGGGGGUGAACGCCAUGCUGCGGAAGGUGGCCGUGGCGGCCGCGUCCAAGCCGCACGUGGAGAUCCGCCAGGACGGGGACCGCUUCUACAUCAAGACGUCCACCCCCGUGCGCACCACCGAGAUCAGCUUCAAGGUCGGAGAGGGCUUCGACGAGGAGACGGUGGACGGGCGCAAGUGCCGGAGCUUGCCCACGUGGGAGAGCGAGAACAAGAUCCACUGCACGCAGACCCUCCUGGAGGGGGACGGCCCCAAGACCUACUGGACCCGCGAGCUGGCCAACGACGAGCUCAUCCUGACCUUCGGCGCCGACGACGUGGUCUGCACCAGGAUCUACGUGAGGGAGUGA